AUGCCGCAACCGGCUGCAAAGAAGCCUAAGCAGAUCAAGGACGAGAAGGCUGCGUCCAAGAUGCUGGAAGAAUACUUGUUGCGCCAGAAUCGCCCAUACAAUGCCAAUGACCUCUUUGCCAACCUGCACGAAGCCAUUAGCAAGACGGUCGUGGGUCGUGCGCUGGCAGCAUCGGCGGAAGCCGGUCGCCUGCGCGAAAAGACCUAUGGCAAGCAAAAGAUUUACUUUGUUCCUCAAACGGACAUGGACAAGCUAUCCAAGGACGAGCUUGACGCUUUGGAUGAGGAGCUCGACCAAUUGCGAAAAACGCACAUGGAACUGACUAGCACUGUCUCUGCCCUUGAAAGCGAGUUGUCCAAAACCCUGGCCGAACCAACCACAGACGAGGCCGACAAAACCCUGGCUGAGCUGCAGGCCGAGAUCAUGCGCAAGCAAGCCAAGUUGAAGGGUCUGCGCGAUGAUGGCGAGACCAUGACCGAAGCUGAUCGUAAGCGCAUCAAUGACAAAUAUACCAAGUUUCUCGUUGAGUGGAAGAAACGACGCCGUCUGGCACGGGACAUUCUGGACCAGAUUCUGGAGGGCUACCCCAAACCCAAAAAGCAACUUUACGUGCGUACCUCCGUGCUGCUCCUCCUGCGUAAUUUUGGCAGUCUGGGCGGAAACGACAAGCGGCCUGCUCUCAUCUAG